UGAGGUCGCCGUCGCCAUGUGAUUUAUCCUCUGCGUUUGUACUAAUGGCAGGACGUUUAGCUCUGCGAUCAGCUGAGGCAACGGCUCUUCGGGUGUUCUUUAGGUCCACCACAGCUAGUCUGGACUUAAGGAGAAGUGCGGGUGGAAAUGCAUCCGCUUCUGUUCCUUGUGGGAGCAUCAGGACUGAGGCUGACCUCCCUGAGAUCACUCUUCCCACUAUGCUGUUUAGGCUGAUCUUUAAAGGGUAUUACAAUCGCAUGCAUGAGCUGCAGUUAUAUGAAAAACAGCUUUAUGGCCCUAUGUAUAAAAUAAGAGAUGGCAACGUGCAAAAAAUUGCACUGAAUAGUGCAGAGCUGCUGGAGGAGCUGAUGAGGAAAGAUGAUAAAUUCCCUUGCAGAGCAGACAUGACUAUCUGGACUGAAUACCGAGAUAUGAAUGGUUUGGGUUACGGUCCUAUCACUGAAGAAGGAGAGAAAUGGUACAAACUCCGAUCGGUAUUGAACAAGCGGAUGCUACAUCCAAAGGACACUGUGAAAUAUGAGAAUGUGGUUAAUGAGGUGGUCACAGAUUUUAUCAAACGGAUAUGCCAUUUACGCAAGAUGAGCUCCACUGGAGACCUGGUACUCAACAUGUCCAAUGAGCUGUACCGUUUCUCUCUAGAAGGAAUCUCCAGCAUUCUGUUUGAGACUCGUAUUGGCUGUCUGGAGGAUAAGAUUCCAGUAGAGACUCAAAACUUCAUUGACGCCAUUGCCCAGAUGCUCACUUAUAUUAUGGCUGUGUCUCUGCUACCCAAGUGGACACACAAUUAUUUGCCAUUCUGGCGGCGUUACAUAAGUGGUUGGGAUGGAAUCUUCAGAUUUGCCUGCAAGCUCAUUGACAGGAAGGUGGAGGACAUUCAUAUGCGCCUGGAAAAAGGUCAGGAAGUUUCAGGAGAGUAUCUCAGCUACUUGCUCUCCAACACCAACAUGAGCAAGAAGGAUGUGUAUGGGAGCAUUGCGGAACUGCUCCUAGCAGGAGUGGACACAACAUCCAACACUAUGAUGUGGGCUUUGUACCUGCUGUCAGAAGAUCCAAAGGCACAGGACACGCUGUAUCAGGAAAUUAUGAACGUCAUCAAGAGGGACAAAAUUCCAACAGCUGAGGACAUAAACAGCAUGCCCUACCUCAAGGCUGUCAUCAAGGAGACUCUAAGAAUGUAUCCAGUUGUUACCAUGAAUGCACGCCUUUUAUCAGAAAAUGAUGUGAUUAUCGGAGGACGUUUCUUCCCUAAGAAGACCACAUUUAUAAUGCAUCAUUAUGCAAUCAGUCAUGAUGAGACAAUAUUCCCUGAACCAAGAGUCUUCAAGCCUGAACGCUGGUUACGGGAUGGGAGGGAGCGACCGAGACCAUUCGGAUCCAUUCCAUUUGGGUUUGGAGUGAGAGGAUGCGUUGGUAAACGUAUUGCUGAACUGGAGAUGCACUUGGCUCUGGCAAGGAUAAUAAAGCUGUUUGAAGUCAAGCUGGAUCCUAAAGUGGAAGAAGUCAAAGCUCUCAGUCGUAUUGUGCUUGUGGCAGACAGAACAGUCAGUUUUCAUUUUCUGGAGCGAAAAAAUAUGACCACUUAAAGCUGCUUUGAACUUGAACAUCCACCAAACUAAGCCAAUGAAGAAAUCUACACACCCUCCCUAAAAACUCUUUGUAAGUCUCUUUCACCAAAGAGAUACACAUGAACAGUGCUAUGGUAUCACGAUGUCGUGCCAUUAUAUUGACAAAUUCAUAAAGGAGGCACCUGAUUUAGAGUGGUUUCACUCUAUUCAGUGAUCCCAGUUGUUCUAACAAUCUUUGUGUAAGUACACUCUGUAAUCACAUUGGUGUGUGAAGGUAUUGAUGCAAAUGGAAAAACAGAGCAUGUAAUUGUGAUUUCUAUGAGUAUGUAAACAAUUUAAUUCAAUAAGUUUCCUGUAAAGAAAUGUAAUUACAGCAGCUUUUUAAAAAUUUUUUCAGUGUGCUUAUAAGAAUCAUUUCAAAAAUCCCAUAGCACCAAUGGCAUGGUAUGGUCAUUAAGAAAUACAGUAUAAGACAUGAAUAUUCUAUCAAUAUGAUGUACUGUAAAGAGCCAUGAACAUAAUGUGAACAGUUUGUUGUCUGAGCAUUACAGUAUUUGUACUUUAAUGAAUGCUACAACUGAUCAAUAAUUAUCUAGUUAUUUUUAUCAGACAUGCAUUUUGUAUCACUGGUAUUUACACAUACUGUGUACACACACACACACACACACACACACACACACACGUGUGUAAGUCCUUUUAUUUAUAUAUAAUACACACACACACAGUCUUGCAAAGAUAUUCAUCCCCCUUGGUGUUUGUCCUGUUUUGUCGCAUUACAAGCUGGAAUUAAAAUGGAUUUUUGGGGGGUUAGCAGUGCUUGAUUUAUACAACAUGCCUACAACUUUAAAGAUGAAAAUUGUUUUAUCAUGACAAAAAAAAAUUAAGUUGGAAAAACAAAUCUAGAGUCUGCAUAGGUAUUCACCCCCCUAAUCAAUACUUUGUAGAGCCACCUUUUGCUGUAAUUAUGCAGCUGGUAUGUCUCUAUUAGCUAAGCAUAUUAAGCCACUGGGAUUUUUGCCCAUUCCUCAAGGCAAAACUGCUCCAACUCCAAGUUAGAUGGGUUGCGUUGGUGUGCAGCAAUUUUCAGGUUAUUCCACAGAUUCUCAGUUGGACAGGUCUGGGCUUUGAUUAGGUCAUUCCAAGACAUUUAAAUGUUUCCCUUUAAACCACUCCAGUGUAGCUUUAGCAGUAUGUUUAGGGUCCUUGUCCUGCUGGAACAUGAAGCUUCGUCCCAGUCUCAAACCACUGGUUGACUCAAAUAGGUUUUCAUCCAGAAUUGCCCUGUGUUUUAGUGCCAUCCAUCUUUCAUUCAGUCCUGACUAGCUUUCUUGUCCCUGCAGAUGAAAAAUAUCCCCACAGCAUGAUGCUGCCACCACCAUGCUUCACUGUAGGGCUGGUGUUCUCAGGGUGUUGGGUUUGCACCACACAUGGCAUUUCCCAUGAUGGCCAAAAAGAUCAAUUUUAGUCUUAUGACCAUAGAAUCUUCUUCCAUAUGUUUGGGGAAUCUGCUAUAUGCUGUUGGGCAAACUCCAAAUUUGUUUUCUUAAGCAAUGACUUUUUCUGGCCACUCUUUCAUAAAGUCCCACUCUGUGGAGUGUACGGUUUAAAGUGGUCCUAUGCACAGAUACUCCCAUCUCCGAUGUUGAUCUUUGCAGCUGCUUCAGUGUUAUUUUUGGAGUCUUUGUUGCAUUUGCAUACAUAUAUACAGGUAGUCGUCGACUUACGACCUAUGCGACUUACGACCAAUCGACUUUACGACCGUCUGGUUAGGGCUGGCAAGUGUUUCCCAGCUGAGCUAGCUGAGUGUACGACAGUUUCCGCCCCAGCUCCCAGCAGCGCCUCUCGCCGCUUACAACAGUUUCCACCCCAGCUCCAGGCAUACGCGCAGUCUCUCUCGUGCUCCCUCGCGCACUCCAUCAUGCAGUUUCCACCCCAGCUCCAGGCACAUGCACAGUCUUUCUCGCGCUCCCUCGCGCACACCAUCAUACAGUUUCCGCCCCAUCUCCUGGUUUAUGAAAUGAGCAAAUGCUCCCGCCAGCCCGAGCGCUGCAACAGCUGAUGAUGUAGACGACCCACAGCCAAGCACCAGUGAUGCCAGCGGUCACUAAAUUUUGUAUUUUGGUAUGUUUCAAACUAAAAUGUUUUCUAUUUUUCACACCUGUAUUUCGUAUUUUUUGUUUUGCACAUAUUAAAUGAAUUGUACUGUACACAGUGUAGUAUGCAGUGUUUGACUUAAACCAAAUAAUGAGCCAAGGUAAUGAAAUAAGAAAAUGUUGAUAAAAUAAGACUUUAAGAUGAUUACAAUAUACUUACGUUCAUUUAACAUAGGCCGACUUACGACCAGAUUGGUUUACGACCGGUCAUUCAUAACCAAAUGCAGUCGUAAGUCGACGACUACCUGUAUGUGUGUAUAUGUCUGUGAGUCUUUAGUCUAUGUCUAUUUCUUAUCUAGAGUGUUUAUGCUGUUUAUAUUGUUUAUUUCAGUUAUUCUAUUUUUAUUUAUUGCAUUGCCUGUUUGCACCGUGGGUCAGAGAGAACUGAAAUUUAAUCUGUGCUGUAUGUCGAGCAUGUGCAGCAUAUUUGACAAAGUUCAGUUGACUUGACCUGAUCUCUGAUUAAUGUCCUCCUUGCCUGGUCUGUGAGUUUUGGUGGGCAGCCUUCUCUUGUCAGGUUUGUAGUAGUGCCAUAUUCUUUCCGUUUUGCUAUAAUGGAUUUAAUGGUGUUCCCUGGGAUAUUCAAAGUUGGGGAUAUUUUUUUAUAACCCACCUCUGAGCUAUACUUUGUGACUCUGGUCACAACUUUGUCACUGACCUGUUUGGAGUGCUUCUUGAUUUUCAUGUUGCUUGUUUUGUAGUUUGGAGAGUCAGGGUCCUUCCAAAACAGGUUGCUUUAUACAGGCAUCAUGUGACACUUUGAUUGCACACAGGUGGAUCUUAAUCAAUUAAUUACAUGACUUAUGAAGUGAAUUGGUUGGACUAGCUCUUAUUCAGGGGUUUCAUACAAAAGGAGGUGAAUACCAAUGCACACUCCAGAUUUCUGUUUUUUCAUCUUAAGUAUUUGUGUCACGAUAAAACAACAACUUGCACCUUUAAAGUGGUAGGCA